AUGGACAGUUCACUGUUGGCUGCGAGACAACCAGAGAAAAAAGGCGGAAGGAAAGGCGGGAAGACGGGAGGACGCGUGGAAGGUGUGAACAAGUGGAAUGCAACGCCUCCAAGUUUGGCUCAGCGCACCCCAUCCCAAAGACAUCUAGCACUCAUUCAAUCACAGGCAUACCCUCUGUAUCACCGUCCGCCGAGGUCACAUCAACUCCCUUCCAUCCCCUCAUCAAAACUCACCAAAAUACGGACCCUAACGAACCCCCUCAGCCCCCCCUCCCCGUCCUCCUCCUCGCACACCCUCUCCUUCCAGUACUCCCAAUCCGACCCCUACCUCGAUCUCGAAAGCGGACGUUCCGGCGGUGCGGGUGGGACGGAGGACGACGACACGGACGAGGGGGAGAGGCGGUUGCUGAACUCUUCGAGUAUUGGUAGUAGGAGGUUAGGGCUACGCGAGGAGGCGAGUGAGACCCACGCGGGAACGACGCAUACGAAUAUGCCCACAGCGGAGGAGGGGAGGGUGUGGGGGUUUGUGAGGAGGAGGGUUAUACUGCCUUUUCGAAUGGCUUUGAGAGCGGGCACAUCACCAGACAAACUCGCCCUAUCAAUCAGCAUGGCCAUCGUCUGUGGCCUAUUCCCCGUCCUAGGCGUCACAUCAGUGCUAUGUCUCGGCGCAGCCUGGAAAUGGGGACUAAACACGCCCAUCAUGCAGACCGUCAACUUGAUCCUUACACCCGCCGACGUUGCACUCUCCCUAGUCUUCAUGCGCCUUGGCGAACGCCUCCUCUCCCUCGACCCGCUCCCCAUCACACCCUCCACGCUCAUCGCGCACCUCCGCGCGGUCGGGUUCACCGCCGGCCUCGGGAUCCUCCUCACAGUCGUCGGAUGCGCGAUCCUGGGCUGGGCGCUGGUAAUGAUCCCCACCGGUUUCCUCAUCAACCUCCUGCUCAAACCGGUACUGCGACGAGUGAUGGUGAAGAAACAGUUGGCGGAGGAUGUGGAGCCGGAGAGUCAGGCGCUGGUGGGCGAGGGAGAACGGCCGUGGAGUGCGGUGGAGAGGUUGAGGGGGGGAAGGGAGGAGGUGGAUUUGGGGGGGAGUGAGAGUGGGGAGGAGGUGGGGGAUCCGCUCUUAGGAGCUAAGGUUGCGAGGGGGGCGGGGGCUAGGAGACGGUCGGGGGCCGAGUGA